AUGGGAUUCUUCGACAUACGGCUUGAAGACGUCUUCAGUCCUAUCUAUCUUUCCAGCGUGGUUCGCAACAGCGCCUGUCGGCGAACACAACUUUUCCACGUGGCCUACGUAUUCAUCAAAAUGGCCAACUCCCCUCGACCGGAAGUGUGGGUCUUGGAAAGAUCAAGGGACAACGGGGAAACCUUCAAACCCUGGCAGUACUUUGCCGAGACGGAAAACGACUGCGAGACCUUCUUCGGACAGGAGAGCCUCCGACCCAUUACGAGAGACGAUUCCGUGGUCUGUGACACUCAAUUCUCCAAAGUGGUUCCCUUGGAAGAUGGGGAGAUCGUGGUGUCCCUGCUCAACAACAGACCGUCGGCCAAUAACUUCUUCAACUCCACCGUCCUUCAGGAAUGGUCGCAGGCAACGAACGUGAGACUCAGAUUCUUGAGGACCAAGACCCUUUUGGCUCACCUCAUGUCCUUGGUGAACGAGGACCCAACCGUCACCAGAAGAUACUUUUACUCGAUUCGAGACAUCAGCAUUGGUGGUCGGUGCGUUUGCAACGGGCACGCCGACGUAUGCGACAUCACGGACCCAAAUGACCCAUAUAAACUCCUUUGUCGGUGUCAGCAUAACACAUGGAAUAACGAAGGGGGCGGGGUCUGUCAGAACUGUCGCCAUUUCACGACGGGGAUCAACUGCGACAAAUGCCAGGAUAGGUAUUACAGGCCUUACGGGAAGCCUCUGGAUGCCCUCGAUGUUUGCCAUCAAGGACGCUCACGAUACGAAUUGGACUUUGCAGCUUGCCAGUGCGACAAUUUUUACUCGACCGGGAACUGUGAAAACGAAUCGGGACGAUGUGAAUGCAAGCGCCAGUUCCGACCACCCAACUGUGACGCCUGUAACGUCGGAUACUAUGAUUUUCCCAAUUGCAAGCCCUGUGAUUGUCAUCAGAAUGGGACAAGAGGAAACGUGUGCGAAGUUGGAGCUGGGCAGUGCCCUUGCAAAGCCAACUAUGCUGGCAAGAACUGCGAUGCCUGUAACGAGGGAUAUUACAAGUUCCCUGAAUGCAUUCCCUGUGACUGCAAUUCGCUGGGAUCCCUGGGCCCAAGCUGUCACAACGAGACCGGCCAAUGCGAUUGCACCAACAGCUACGCCGGUCGAACCUGCAGCAGGUGCGAAGACGGCUAUUUCGGAUACCCAAACUGUGCCUUCUGUAGCUGCGAUAUAGCGGGGACGAAAGCGGAGAUCUGCGACAAAAGCUCCGGAGCCUGCUUGUGCAAGGAGGGUUACGCCGGGGAUAGGUGCGACCAGUGUGCCCCUGGAUUCUUCGGGUAUCCCAAUUGCUUGCCGUGCAAUUGCAGCCAGAGGGGGAGCGUAUCGCAGGUGUGCAAUCCUGCUGGGAAAUGCCCCUGCAUUCCAUCAUUUUCUGGUCGGACAUGCGAGCAGUGCUCACCCGGAUAUCACAAAUACCCCGACUGCAUCCGAUGCAAUUGCGACCCGGCUGGAGUGUUGGCAACGUUCGGCGGCUGCGGUACUUUGACCACGGGGGAGUUGUGCGAAUGUAAGCAGCGGGUCACGGGCCGAAUCUGCAACACCUGCAAAGCUCUCUUCUGGAAUUUGCGAGCAGACAAUCCUCUCGGCUGCGAGGAUUGCAACUGCCAUAUUCCCGGAGUGCUGGGAGGACUUCGCGUCUGCGACAGCGGUUCGGGAAAGUGUCAUUGCAAACCUCAAGUGACGUCACGGAGAUGCGACCUAUGCAAGGAUGGGAGUUACCGGCUCACGGAGGCGAAUCUCUUUGGAUGCAUCGACUGCGACUGCGACAUCGGGGGGUCCAGUAACAACAUCUGCGACAAAGUGGAAGGGAGAUGCGUCUGCCGACCCCGAAUUUCGGGCCGGAAAUGCGACAAACCCCUGACGACUCAUUAUCACCCGACUCUUCAUCAAUACCAGUACGAGGUGGAAGAUGGGUACACGGAACAGAGAUCCCCAGUUCGAUUUGGAUACGAUGAAUCCCUCUUCCCCGGUUACUCGUGGAAGGGUUAUGCCGUCUUCUCUGUUCUACAGAAAGAGGUGUUACAGGACAUUCAAGUGGAGAACCCGUCGCUGUAUCGGGUGAUCCUACGUUACGUGAAUCCGAGCGAUGAGCCGAAAUUGGCCGAAGUGAAAUUGAUCCCGGACUCCCCAAGGGACACGGAACAAAUAUUCAUGGCAAGGCUUGAACCUGGAAAGAAGCCCAAUUUUGUGACCGUUUCAGGACCUGUCGGCGACCUGCCUUCGCCCUACGUCAUCGACAAUCCCGGGCGAUGGACUGUCUCCAUCAAGACGUCAGAGAACGUCUUCGUCGACUAUUUCGUACUCCUGCCGCUGGCAUAUUACGAGGCGACGGUCCUUCAGCAACCGGCUCGGACGGCAUGCAGCGUGGGAGAGGAGGAAGACAUCUGCAUGCAUUAUGCAUACCCGGAUGCUUCCGACUUCGCACACGUUCGAGGAGAAGCCGGCCACGUCCCCAUCGACGAUGACCGAAAGCCUGUUCCCCUUUUCGGCGACGCCCGAGGUAUGCUUGGAACGACCGAGAUGGCUCUGAUGGACGAGAACUCCCAGAACGUGCACUUGGACAUGAGGAUUCCUUAUCCGGGAAAAUACGUCCUCUUGGUCUUCUAUCACAGCCCCAACGCUUCCCAGCCGAGUUCCCUCACCGUCGAGGUGAACGGGCAAAGAGAACGUCACAAGGGCAAGGCCGUCCUCUAUGCCUGUCCGUAUACCAGCCUCUGCCGACAAGUGAUAACGGACGCGGAAGGAGGCGUCGCCAUGUUCAAUCUCGACGACAACAACAUCAACGUCGUCCUCAAGGGCGAGAAGACAUCUGGGAGAGUGGGGAUAGAUCAGGUGGUGGCUGUGCCUGAGGAAAGAUGGCACAUGGAUCUCAUCGAGCCCGCUCCCAUGUGCACCAGGCGGAUGGGUCAAUGUGCUCCCACUCGAUUUGUCAAUCCACCGAGAGGAGAAUCCGUCAAGGUGGAAUUCGAGUCUGGAAACGAGGAUAAAAUGUCGAAGGUGAUGCCCCCGGGGAUCCAAGACGGCUCCACGGGUCUCAUCUACCUGGACCAUCAAGAUGCCAUGGUGGACAUCACGGGGAAGGUCCCCAAUCCUGGAUAUUACGUCUUCCUCGUCCACUAUUAUCAGCCUCAGUAUCCAGAAUUCGAAGUGGACGUCUUGAUUCAGAACGGGCAAUUCUACGAGGGGACUCUCCCGUUGAGACAUUGCCCCUCGGCUGCCGGCUGUCGGGCUGUCAUCAAAAGCCUCAACGGUGGCGACACGCAAUUCCAGAUCCUGGAAAAUUUCGUCCUCACCCUCAAGGCGAGCAUCUUGAACAUCUGA